AUGGCUGCCCGAUCUUCAGUUGCUCGUGUUGCGCGCCAAUUCACCUCUGCUGCGGCCAGGAGACCAAGUCCCUUCGUAUGCCAGCGAUGGCAGCAAUCGACACAGCGACAACGGUUAUUCUCGGUUUCCGCCGCAUUGAAGGCGAAGAAGUACACCGAGGACCAUGAGUGGAUUGAGAUGUCCGCAGAUGGAAAGACAUGCACACUCGGCAUUUCCGAAUACGCAGCCAAAGCGCUUGGCGAUGUUGUGUACAUUGAGCUGCCACAGAUCGAGAUGGACGUAAGCGAAGGCGAUGCGAUUGGUGCCGUUGAGUCAGUGAAGUCUGCAUCCGACAUCCUCACACCCAUCAGCGGUACAGUCGCCGAAGUCAACUCGGAUCUAGAAAAGACGCCGGGUAAGAUCAACAAAGACCCCGAGGGAGACGCGUGGAUUGCGAAGAUCACGGUGUCGGGUGAGCCUGCGGGCAAGACGAUGAACAAGGAGGAGUACACUGCCUUUACUGAGGAGCCGUAGAGAGCGAGAGGCAAACUCUUGCCAUCAUGAUAGUUAUGAGUCCUUGGAGUUCAACACAGGAAGGGAAAUACCACAUUACGAAUAUCACAACCAUCUCUGUCAACGCUCACUUACAUGUUGUACUCCAGCACUUUCAAGGGGGAUCUGUCUGUAAAAUGCGUUGGAGUGGUAAGCAUCUAUGCAGUCUCAUACGGCAGCGAAACUUUGGCAAAGUUCACUCACGUCUCGCCUGUCCAUAUCCUACC